AUGGUAAGGGCUAUUCAUACGGUGAAGCCUGAACCUGUAGAAGAGGCACAGUCACCACCAUUGCCACCACCUAAGAGAGGCAGAAAAUCAUCACAGAAAACAGCAAAAGCAGUCAAACAAGAGGUAGAAGAAGAACAAAAUGAAGACGCAAAACCAGCUCCGAAAAGACGGAGAAAAGCAUCAAAUAAGGUAAAUAGCUAUAAAGAAGAAGAACAAGAGGACAAAGAGGAGGGAGAGACAUACAAACAGGAUAGCAGUGACGAAUCAGCCACUGAAAAACCAGCAGCAAAGAAGAAAAGAGGCGGAGGUGGAGGGGGCAAAAGGGCCAAAAAGCCAAAAGAGCCAAUCGUAUACAUUAUACCCGAUGUGCCAAGAAGAGACUUUCGAUUGGAAGGACCUCCAGAGAAACGAGCAGAGCGUAGUAAUGGCUAUAGCGGAAGAUUAGGAUUUGCCUGUUUGAAUACAGUUUUGCGAAACGAAGACCCGCCGAAGUUCUGCUCACGGAACGUCCGAAUCAAAACAAUUCAAGAAAAAGGCUUGGAUUAUGUCAAAGACUUAGCAAGACAAAAUGUGUUGGACAUUAUCCCAUUACUAGAAUGGAAUGCGGCUAAUAAUAUUCGUAUGAUGCGUUUAUCAUCAGAAAUCUUUCCUUUCGCAUCACAUGAUGUGUACGGAUAUGAUAUCUCAUUUGCUGCAAAGGAACUUGCAGAAGCCGGUGCAGCAGCAAAAAGACUCGAUCAACGGUUAACCAUGCAUCCCGGUCAAUUUUGUCAACUUGGAACGCCAAAGCAGAGUGUACUGGAAGCCAGUUUGAGAGAAUUGGACGUUCAUGCAAAAGUCUUGGAUUUGAUGGGCGUUGGAAGUGAAGGUGUUAUGAUCUUACACGGUGGCGGUACGUUUGGAGAUCGAGAAGCAACAUUAGAGCGUAUUCGGGAUACGAUCAACAAUCGUCUUUCGCCUUCGGUACGAAGUAGACUCGUUUUGGAAAAUGAUGAAUUGGGCUAUAGUGCUGAAGAACUUUUACCGUUAUGUGAAUCACUCGAUCCACCGGUUCCUUUGGUGUUCGAUUUCCAUCAUGAUAUGCUAAGGCCAUCUUCCCUUUCGCCUGCUGAGAUUAUUGAACGUGCAGAAGCGAUUUUUGCUAAACGAGGUGUUCCGCCAAAAUAUCAUCUUUCCGAACCAAGGCCAGGAGCGGCAAAUUCUCGUGAUCGAAGGGCACAUUCUGAUCGUUGUGCAGAACUUCCGCCUGAUUUACCGGCAGAUGCAGAUUUGAUGUUAGAAUGCAAAGAUAAAGAACAAGGCGUUUUGGAAAUGUUUCGUAUUUACGGUUUACACGAUGUUCAACAUGAUGUCUUACGUCCUCCGGCAAAUGACUUGACAAUGUCAACCGCUGGCAGGAGAUCGAAAUUGGACGGUCAAGGUGGCGCAACGCAUCCUAAUCCGGCAAGACGAUCGCCCAAAAAAGAGAAUGGGGAAGAACAAUCCGAGAGCGAAGUAGAGCCAUCACCCAAAAAGAAACGUGAAACGGAUCAUUCUCUAAUCGAAAGAUUGAUCGAAAAAGCAAAGGUGCUGGCAGCAAAACGUGGUAAAGAAUACAAAGGACCAAGAAGUCAAUCUGAAAUCGAUCAAAGCAAAGAAGGUUUAGCAACCAGUAUAGAAGUCAAGCGUGAUAUGGAAAUGCAGGCAGAUUGGAUUCGUGCAGAAUUACGUGCAGGAAGAGAACGUAGACCUUUCCCUGGUUCAGCAGACGCACAAGCCGAACUUAAUAAACCUGAGUCACAAUCACAACCUGAACCUGAUGCUUAUUGA